AGCAGCAUGCUGUCUGUCACCCCCCCCACACACACAGACACAGUGCUGAUGUGCAGUGCGGGAUCACCAGCCCUUUGGUGGACGUGUCCAUCGCUGGGCUGCACCAUAGUGGAAGUCCUUCAGUCUGGAUAAUAGGAUGGGUGUUGUCUCCAACCGGUUGCGAUAUGCUGUACCUGUGCCAGCUGCCCCUACAAGAAUGAAGGCCACAGCUGAGGCAUUGUGAUUUCGGGGAAGCGAUGGGUGUUUACAGGAAGGGAAAACCAACAGCAGGGGGAGGGCUGGGUUUGCUUUCUCUUUCCGUUUCAGCACUGCAAAGCCGCACACAGCAGCACAACCAUGGAUGCUCCGGUGCUCCCGAUGCCGGCCCCACUGUGCCUGGUGAACAACAAGAAUGGCGAGCUGUCCCUGGACCCCACGGCGCUGGCAGUGCUGCAGGAGGUGGCCCAGCCCCUGGUGGUGGUGGCCAUCGCCGGGCCCUACCGCACUGGGAAGUCCUUCCUGAUGAACCGGCUGGCACAGAAGCGCACUGGCUUCCCGCUGGGCCCCACGGUGCAGGCAGAGACCAAGGGCAUCUGGAUGUGGUGCCUGCCUCACCCACAGCGGCCCGAAGCGAUGCUGGUGCUGCUGGACACCGAGGGGCUGGGAGACCCCACCAAGGGUGACAGCCAAAACGACGCCUGGAUCUUCACACUGGCGCUGCUGUUGUCCAGCACUCUGGUGUACAACAGCAUAGGCACCAUCGACCAGAAGGCACUGGAGUACCUCGAGCUGGUGACACAGCUGUCGGAGCUGAUCCAGGUGCGGGACAGGGACAAGGAUGGCAACAACGGCGCUGAAAGAGAAGAUGAGGCCGAGGACUGCGAGUUCAUGCGCUUCUUCCCCAGCUUUGUGUGGGUGGUGCGGGACUUCACACUGGAGCUGCGUGUGGGCGAGCGGCCCAUCAGCGAGGACGAGUACCUGCAGCAGGUGCUGGAACUCAAGCACGGGUACGGCCGCAAGGUGCAGAACUACAAUGCGACGCGGCAGUGCCUCCGCAACUAUUUCCCCACGCGGAAGUGCUUCGUGCUGCCUUCGCCACUGGGCACAGAGGAGCACGGGCGCAUGGAGGAGCUGCCCGAGGCCGCCUUGGCCCCACGCUUCCUCCAACAGGCAGCCAAGUUCUGUGACUAUGUGCUGAGCUCCUCCAGGCUCAAGACGCUGCCUGACGGCAGAGCACUGACAGGGCGAGGUGUCCCUGUGCCAUUCCCCACAGCCCUGAGCACGCUGCUGAGCAGCUACGUGGAGGCCAUCAACAGCGGGCGUCUGCCCUGCCUGCAGGGAGCAGCAGCAGCCAUGAUGGCCAACGAGAACGCAGCUGCGGUGGCGGCAGCGCUGGAGGCCUAUGCCGGGGGCAUGCGGGGGCUGUCACUGCCCACAGAGCCUGCACAGCUCUCGGCCGCGCACGGGGAGCACCUGCACGAGGCGCUCGUCGUCUUCCAGCAGCGCAGCUUCCGGGAUCGCAACCAGGAGCACCAGCGGCGCCUCAUAGAACAGAUCAGCACGGAGUACAGCCGCCUGCAGGAGAAGAACAAUGCAGCAUCACGGCAGCACUGCAAGGCGCUGCUGGCUGAGCUGGCGGGGGCACUGGAUACCAGCCUGUCCCGUGGGGCCUACGCACAGCCCGGUGGCUACCGCGCCUACGAGGCCGAGCGGCAGCGGCUGCUGGAGGCCUACCGGCAAGCAAAGGCCAAGGGCCCCAAGGCCGAGGAGGUGCUGGAUGAGUUCCUGGCGGAGCGCCGGGCAGAAGCGGAGGCAGUGCUGAAGGCAGACAAGGCACUGAGCGAGGCCGAGAAGCAGCUGGAGGGCCGUGUCCCCCAACGACAGCGCAUGGCAUCCCCAUGUACUCUGGGAAUCCUUAUAACGCUUCACAGGCAUCUCAUGAUGGCCCCAGCACUCGAGGACUCCCCUUCUCCCCGGGGACAUCUCCCAGACUACACACAUCUCUUGGGGCGUCCCGGUGCACCCAGGAGACACCUCAAAUUGCUCCUUUUUCCUCCCUGACGAACCCUCACCCCAUCCCCACAUCCCCGCACUCUGUCCCCAGCCCCUCCAUCUUCUCCUCACGUCCCCUUGCACUGUCGCUUUGGCCCAUCACCCCGUGCCACGGGGACCCCCACUCGGUUCCUUAACCAGAAGCACAAGGCUCAGCUCCUGCUUACUCCUCACCCCGUCCCUUUGUUCCCAGACCAGAAGCAGCAGACGCAGCUCCUGGAGCAGCAGCAGAAGGCGACGGCGGAGCGCGAACGGCAGCUGCAGGCGCUGCUGGCGGACGAGCGCAACAGCUACGAGCAGAACCUGCGAG